GCGUUCGUCUAGGUAUCCCUGAAGCUACAUAAGACGGGGACGGACUCGUCGACCUUAGUUCUCAAGGAGUCCCUCGUCGUCAAGAUCUUCUGAGGAUGCUUUUCCCGGCUUGGAUCUACGUCGCUGCGGUUGUCUUGGGCGUCCUCUGCGAAGGGGUUCCUCGGAUGCAAGGAGGAUCAGCGGAUCACUACAGCCCGUGGAUCAAGCAGACCCCGCGGCAGGAGACUCACCCCUGCGACGGUCUGCGGGACGAGAGAGAGGCAUGGUACGCCCAGGCUAGGCGCGUGGGCGUCGUGAUCGUGGGCGGAGGUCUGGCCGGCCUGGCUGCAGCCAAGACCCUCUCGGACUACGGCUACAACGACUACGUUCUCCUGGAGGCGCAGGAUCACCUGGGGGGCCGCGUGCGCACCUUCAGGGAAGGCUCCAUCAGGGUCGAGGAGGGCGCCGAGUGGAUUCACGGAGGCUGGCGGAACCCUGUGUACCGCAUCGCACGGGAGAUCGGGGCCGCGGAUCCUCUUCUGCCGGACGACCACUUUGAGUGGCGCAUAGUGACCCAGGAUGGCGCUCCGGUCAACGAAUCCUACGGCGACGUUUUAGAGGAAAUGAGGGACAUCUGCGAGAGGUCAGAUCUUGGCCUCCUGCCCUACUAUGACCUCCCUUACGGCCUGUGUUGUCUGCAUAGAUUUCACCAGAAGUAUGAGCCGAUGAAGACGCUGGCCUCAGGAGAGGCUUACUCCAUCACAUGGAACAGGUACUGA